AUGCAUAAGGUUGUUUCCAUAUGAACUGAACUGACUGUUUUUUUUAUACGAGUGCAAAAAAAAUGGUUAAAACUGUAUUUUAACCAAUAUAUUUUAUAUAACAUAACGGUCGUGCGUCUUAUAAUUGAAAAAGUGAAAGGAGGUUGACACGCACUAAUCCGGCGCCGCCUCAGCGUGGUCGUCCUGCUCCAAACACCUCCUGAACCCCCAACCCCUUCUCCGCUCCCGGGUGCGCGAAUCAAUUACAACGUACGUUGUCGUAACGCGAAAAUCGAUUUUAGCUGCGGGCGCAGGCAGAAUCAAUAGAAAGAAUGUUCCACUGCGAUGUGGAAAAGGAAGUAGAGAUAACAUCGCCCACAAGGAUGAAGCAGGUAGCCGAUAUUCGGAAGGUGCACACAGCCAGUCCGCAGGAGCGCUGGCGGAGCAGCAUGCUCCUCCUGGCGGGAGUCGCCCUGUGUCUGCUGGCCACAGGAUGCGAGGCCACUGACACGGACAUCGCGCUGGACGCUAAGGCCACGCUAAACCAUCGCAUCCAGAGCCUUGACCUGCUCGUCUUCGUGUUCCUGCUGGCCCUUACGGUCCUUACCAUCUGGCUGUUUAAGCACCACCGCGUCUCCUGGCUCCACGAGACCGGGCUGGCCGUCAUCUAUGGCCUGAUUGUGGGAGCAAUUAUUCGGUAUGCGGGCACAUCCGCCACGCUUGUCCACAUGCAGGUGGAGCCUCAAGGGAUUCCGACGUACAGCGAUAAGUUGCCGCCCGAUACGCUCUGGUUUAAAUACCCUGUUAACCAAACGAAUGGAACGAAGUUGCCGGAGGGCAUUAAGACGUACGCAUAUGUGUUUCGGGGACAGGUCCACGAUGUCGAUGAAAACGAAAUCGAUCUCAAGGCAACUUUUGAUCCGGAGGUGUUUUUCAACAUAAUCCUACCGCCAAUCAUCUUUUACGCGGGUUAUAGCUUAAAAAAGAAAUACUUUUUCCGAAAUUUGGGUGCCAUCCUCACCUUUGCCAUUGUGGGCACCACUUUGUCGGCGUUUCUGAUCGGAGGCUUCAUGUACGGCUGUGUGAAACUGAUGCCAAAGUACUUGAGCAGCAGCUUCACAUUCCUGGACACUUUAUACUUUGGAGCCCUGAUAUCACCCACAGAUCCGCUCACCAUUUUAGCCAUAUUUAACGAUCUGCGGGUCGAUGUAAAUCUAUAUGCGCUUGUCUUGGGCGAAUCUGUGCUCAACGAUGCCGUGGCCAUAGUCCUCAGCGGAGCCAUUCAAAACUAUGGUGAACAUUAUUCCAACACCGGGGAAUUUGAAACUACAGCUUUUCUGCGUUCGCUGAGCGACUUCUUCUCUAUCUUUCUGCUCUCCCUGAUGAUUGGCGCCGCCAUGGGCUGCCUGACAGCAUUGAUGACCAAGUUUACGCGGGUACGCGAUUUUCCCCUUUUAGAGUCAGCGCUCUUUGUGCUGAUGAGCUACAGCACCUUUUUGCUGGCUGAGGCCACCGAGCUAACUGGAGUGGUAGCCGUGCUCUUUUGCGGCAUCUGCCAGGCUCACUACACCUACAACAACCUUUCGGAGGAUUCGCGCCAAAGGACAAAACAGAUAUUCGAGCUGCUCAACUUUUUGGCCGAAAACUUUAUCUUUUCCUACAUUGGCGUGUCAAUGUUUACCUUCCCCAAGCAUCACUUCGACGCAGGAUUCAUUAUAACAGCUUUUAUUUGCGCCGCUAUAGGACGCGCCGUAAAUGUUUACCCAUUGUCCUGGCUUCUGAACAUAAAGCGAAAACCCAAAAUUUCCACAAAUUUUCAGCACAUGUUGUUUUUUGCUGGACUACGAGGGGCCAUGUCCUUUGCUUUGGCCAUCCGGAAUACUGUGUCGGAUGCACGGCAGACUAUGCUGACCGCCACAUCGCUGAUUGUGAUCUUUACGGUUGUAAUCCAGGGAGGAGCAGCCAAUUUUCUGCUCAAUUGGUUAAAAAUACCUGUUGGCGUUGACGAUGAGACUGAACAAUUAAAUAAUUACCAAGUGCACAGUGACGUGGAAAACGGCGGAGGAGGACGUGGCAAGUUGCGCUUGUCCGGGGGAACGGACUCCAACUUGGACACGCCGGCAGAUGGUCCAAAUGGCAGUUUGGGCGGUACAAGCGGUGGACGUCGUCGCAACAGUCACGAAAAGGCGAUUUUGGCUAGGAUCUGGGGGAAUUUUGAUACCAAGUACAUGAAGCCUUUGCUGACGCACUCGCGACCCACUCUGCUGGAAACGUUGCCCGUUUGCUGCAAUCCGAUUGCCCGGCUGCUCACCACUACGCAGCAGCUAACUCAGGAUGGUAGCGAGUUCAGGCGCGUGGACUCGGACUCCGACAUCUGCAUAGAUAAUGAUACCGGGAACGGUCUCAGCCAAGACGUCGGACCCGGAACUGGCACGGGAUCGAGCAUCGGCCGGCGAAACUCCCUCAGUCGCGUUGAAGGCGAGCAUCGAAAUGAUUACAUAUAAGUUACAUUGGUUUCUAUGUUUCUUCUGUUAUUUGUUUAAUUGGUCUCAUUUAAAAUGAAAUAUGUGAAAACUGUACAAAUUAGAAUAUUACUUUUUAGUUUUUCCUUGUUUACGAUAUGUGAUUCGGAACUCUAGUUAUAAAUAUAAAUAAAUUAGAAGCUUAUAAAUUAA